UGCACAGCGGCCCCACGUGUGACUGUGGACGUAGCGUAAUGAAACUUUGAAAGUGUUGCUGUACUGUGCAGUAAUUGACCGUUUGAGUAAUCGUUAAUUUUAUGUGUUGUAACUUUUAAGAAACAACCAUGUCUUCUGCUUUCAGGAAAGCUUUAAAAUCUCAGCAGCGGAACCACAGAGAGAGAUCUCAGCCUGGUUUCAGAAAACAUCUUGGCUUCUUGGAGAAAAAGAAAGACUACAAGAUCCGAGCAAAUGAUUACCACAGUAAGCAGAACCAGCUUAGGGCGCUACGCAGGAAGGCCCUGGAGAAGAACCCAGAUGAGUUCUAUCACAAGAUGAUCACUAAUAAGCUCAAGGAUGGGGUUCAUGUUCUUAGCCAAUCCAAGGAGGAGAUGACAGAGGAGCAGCUGAAGGUGAUGAGAACGCAGGACAUCAAGUAUGUGGAAAUGAAGAGAGUCGCUGAAGCAAAGGUAACCUCACAGACUGUCUGCUGCAUUAGUGCUGGCUGCACUCUGAAGCAGAGGAUUGAAAGGGAAAAGAAGAUGUUUGUGAUCGUGCAGAAGAUUCAAACCCGAAAAGAUCUAGCAGAUAAGGUCAAGAAGGUGAAGGUGAAGAAUGAAACUGUCAACAGUCCACCUAUUUAUAAAUUUAAGACACAGAGGAAACGCUGAGGACUUGUAGCAACAGGUCAGAGAGCACAGAUAUAUGUAAAUGCAUUUAAGAUUUUGCACCCAGUAAUAAAUAAAUAAUAGCCCAUUACUGUUUUUUGAGGCCUGUAGUGAAGUGAAACAGUUGUGUAUGUGUUUAUGGUAGGAUGAACUGUGGACAUUUUUCAACAUUAAGUUUGAAUCCUAAUGUAGCAGUGUUGAAAACCAUUUUGCAUACUGUAUUUAUAUUAUAUAUUUGGAACAGUCCAUGGAUCUAAAUGUUUUCAACAAAUAAAUCCUACUUUUUCACAUGCUGUUUUUUUAUUUUUAUUUAACUUCUUUAAAAGGGCCUGAUCACUAAAUAUAAUAAACAUUCUUGUCACCCAGAAGAUGGCAGUAGAGUUGUUUUGUCUGAAUUUAAUAAAUAAAUAAACAAAACA